AUGUUCAGCCUCAGCACCAGCAGCAAGAUCUUCGCUCUGUGCAUUGCCGCCACCGCCGUGUCGACCGGUGCCCACGCCGAGACAGAGGCGGACCAGACCUUGGGUUUGCUCGGACUCCCCGGCGUCGGCUAUGGCGCACCCGGCUACGGAUACGGCGCCGGCCCCGCGCUCAGUGUCGGUGUGCCUGGCCUCGCGAGUGUCGGCGUCGGUGUGGGCAACGGCGGUGUUGGUGUCGGUGCCAACGUGCUGGGCCUCGGAGCGCACGUCGGUGUGGGCUUGCCUAUCCUGCGGGCUAUCCUGCGAACGGCGUCCCGCCGACCGGUCGCCCCUGCUACGACGGCUACGACUAGUGGCGCCAAUGGCGCGUCUACUGCGAACGCGAACGCCAAUGCGAACGGCGGCAACAGCCCCUACUCGACCAAGACGGUCUCCGUCACGAACGGAGACGGCACGUCGAACACGGCGUCCGUGUCGAACGGAAAUGGUGCCACCGCGACGGGUGGUGCAUCAGCGAGUGCUACGGCCAGCGCCAGUGCGAGUGCGUCUGCUCGGGCCACGGCUGGAGCGAGCGCCACGUCGGCGCAGAAGACGUACCGCCAGCUUCGCUCGGUGGAAUAUGUGUAUCCUCGUCGGAAGCCUGGUUGA